AUCUCGGACAACUUUAAAACAUGCUUUAAAUUAAAAUUUGUGCGUCUCAUUUGAUGAAAUCAUGAAUUGAAAAGCUAAUAAAGGCCAAAGGGUAACCCUAUAACCCUAAAACUCACUCUUCACCCGACACUGCCUCACCCCACAACCCACCUCUCGCCUCGCCAGUCACCGGCAUAUAUCGUCAGUCACCACCUCUGCACCGCUUGAAGCCUGACCUGGAGUUUAUCGCUGAUUCGCCAUUGCUGAUUGGCUGAUUGCUCGUCACUUGGAGUCUUGCUGCUGCCGACUGCCGUGAUUGCCUCCACCACCAGCCACCGUGUUUUGUGAAAUCCACCAGACCUCCAGACCAGACCACAACCUUCUCCAGUAUUUCUAUCGACUCCAAUUUCACGUAAUUUCUAGGAUUGAGCUCUUAAAGUUGGGGAAGAAAAUAUGGUAGACGAAGGUGAACAACCCGCACCAUCCACUCUGUUGAAGAAAAGGAAGAAAAUGCCCAAGAAACAUCGUGAUUCUAAAAAAUGGAAAGCUGCAUCUGAGAUAGGUAAAAAGGUCAGAAUUAGUCAGAAAAUGCAGAAAUUAUAUCGCAAAAGGGCCAGAGAUUAUAAUUCGGAUGAUGAUCAAGAUGAAGCUGAAGAUGAGCUUGCACCGGAAAGUGAUGGAGAUGAGAUCGAGGUUGAUAGAGAUGAUUUUACUGGAAACAGUGAUGAUGAGACAGGCCUUGGUAAUGAAGAGGAUUUAGAUGAGGAACGUGAAAUUCAAACUAGGAUCAUAAAGUUUGCAGAAGGUUGUAAAGCUUUUAGGGUAGCAUUUCAAAAUAUCAUGAAAAAGCAUGUUGAUGAUGAGUCACUGGGACCGGUAUUAUCAGCAAAUAAAAAGCUUGUUGUAGCAAAGCUUGUGGAAGAGGCCAGUGAACGCAAGGUUAAAGGAGAAGCAAAGAAGGAAAAGCACUUGAUUGAGGAGAAGGGGCACGUAAAGCCACCAAAUUUCUUAGAUUCACAUGAAAAAUUUCUGAUAGGUGUAGCCACAAAAGGAGUUGUCAAGUUGUUCAAUGCUGUUAGUAAAGCCCAAAAUGCUCAGAAAGGGUUGAAUCCUUCAAGUUUUAAAGACACUAAGGCUUUGACAAAACGUAGAAAGGAGGCAUUCAUGACAGAAUUGAAGAAGGUUUCUGGUCAAUCUGAGACUACCACCAAGGCUUUUACUUCUAAAGCUGGAGAAGACGGUAAUCAACCUGCAUGGGCUCCGUUACGUGACAGUUACAUGUUGACAAAUUCUAAAUUAAAGGACUGGGAUAAGAUGGCGGAAGAGGAAGUGGAAACAGAAGCGGAUAUCUGACCUAUGCUAAGGGGAAUUGAAGCUGGAUCCGUGAUGGCAAAGUACCGAUUUCAUCAUUGAGCAAAAUGCUUUAUUGACUUAAUAUUUUGAUCGGGGCAAUUGCCAUUCUAAUGUAAUCCUCAACUAUUUGCUUUUCCCUUCCUCCUUUGGUUGGUAACGUACUAGACCUAUUUAUGUAUUCAUUCUUUAAAACCUAUUUCCAUCAUGGGUAAAAUUUUGGUAGGUAACAUAAACUUGUAUCAAGAGUUAUCAAAACUUGUUAACUACUCAUAAUGAUAUUAACAUCGAAUUGUAUAGCAGAAGUGAUAACAUAAUAGUGCAAAAGAUAAGGGAGAUAGGGUUUGGCUCGACUCUUGAAUGUACAAGCUUUGAAAAUAACAAAAAAUAUUGGACUUUUGGGUCAAUCAUGAUAAGC